UGUUUCUUAACAUGCAUGACCUGUCUAAUUCCAUCAUGAAAGAACCUAGUCAAUUUUGGAUUUGUCUGCUUUUACCCCAGUUGAUAUUUCCAAUAAUUCUUGUUUGAUUCCAACCAUGUAUAAGGAUGAAUACUAGAAACUGGUGGAUUUUUCUCUAGAAGUUAAUAUAGAGCAUCUGUUUCUUAUCUUUGCUAAUUUAGUCCAUGUUGAAGACCAUGUUCUUUUCAUUCUAGUACAACUUUGCUCUCCAUCUUUACUGCUCAUCCCAAAAGAAGAAGGAAAAAAAAAAAAAAAUGGCAAUUAUCCUUUUUUGUAUUGCUAUGAUCCCAUGGAUCCAAAUGGUAACAUUACAGUUACUUUUGAUAUUCAUCAAUGGACUACUGAUGGCUAUCUGGCAAGAGUGACAAUCCAAAACUACUACCAGUAUAGACAUAUUGACAAAUCUGGCUGGAAGCUAGGGUGGAGGUGGGCGAAGGAUGAGGUGAUUUGGUCAAUGAGAGGUGCCUUUGCAACUGAAGGGGGAAACUGCUCAUCCUUUAAGUUUGAUAUACCACACUCAUGCAAGAAAGAUCCUGUCAUAGUUGAUCUCAUGCCAGAAGGUUUGCCCGAAAACAAGUCAGAGGACUGCUGUCGUGGUGGCAUUCUUCAUGCCUGGGCUGUUAACCCUUCUAUGUCAUUCUCUUCCUUUGAAAUGAAAGUUGGAAACUUGGGGGGUAAUACUACUGGAUAUGCACCCCGUAAUAUUACAUUUAUGGCUCCAGGCCCUGGUUAUACUUGUGGUCCAGUUAUGGAUGUUGCUCCCACAGUCACUUCAGCUAUUGGGGGUAGAAGACAAGUUCAAGUUUUCAGAACAUGGAAGUCAAGUUGCACGUAUUCCAGUUUUUUGGCUAACAGAACACCAACAUGUUGUGUUUCACUCUCUACAUUUUACAAUCCUAAUGUCACAUCAUGCCCUUUAUGUAGCUGUGGCUGUAGAGAAGCAAGUGAAAAAUCACAUACAUGCGUAAGAGAAGGAGGCCCUUUACCAUCAUCAAUGAUUGUUGAAAAUCUCGACACAGUGCAAUGCACUUAUCACAUGUGCCCAAUUCAAGUUCAUUGGCAUGUUAAGAACAACUACAAGGAUUAUUGGAGGAUAAAACUUACAAUUUCUAACUAUAACUACAACAGAAACUACACGGACUGGAAUGUUAUGGUACAGCAUCCCGGUUUCAACAAGAAUACAACAACUUAUAGUUUCAACAGCACUGUGCUUCCCUCAGUUGGAUUCGAAGAUGAUGUUGCCCUCUUCUGGGGAAUAAAGUACUACAAUGAUGUGUUGUUGCAAGCGGUUGAGGACAAACCGGGUUCAGUAACUACAGAGAUACUAUUAAAUAAGGAAGACUCAUUUACACUUAGUAAUGGCUGGGCUCUCCCUCGGAGAAUAUAUUUCAAUGGUGAGGACUGUCAGAUGCCUCAACCAGACAAUUUCCCAGCAUUACCAAAUGGUAGCUCCAUGCAAAGACCCCUUCACUGCAUGCUCAUUCUCUUCAUCAUCUUUCUUAGAACACUAGUUUCUUGGCUUUGAUGAUUACAAACUAUACACAUUCCUUUUUACUUUUUUCGAGUGUUUUUUCUUACAGAUUUAAAGCUAUAGGCAUUCCUUUUUUGAAGUGCUUUCUUACAACUUUAAGCUAUUGAGUUGUUUUGAAGGUAGUUUAUAAUACCAAGGUUUUGAUAAUGUACAUAUUUUGCAUAGAGAAAUAUAUAGCUGCAAUGUGUUUGUGAAUAUGUGGCAGUUGGUUCUCCUCAAGUACAAUAUUUGUAAUUCAAUUGGAAUUUAUUUGACUCCUGGGUUCCUUUUGAGAAUUCGUAAUGAUGAUGAUACUA